AAAUUUCAAGAGCGCCCUCUAAGGCAUAAAAAAUUGCAGAAAGAGCUUUGUUCUGUCUUCUUUUGACGAGGCCUAAAAACCGAAGAAGUUUAGGCAUUAUUGUGAGAGUGGGUGAAGUAGCCCUCAUCAAGACAGCUGCGGCCACCAUGGGUAAGCAUAAAGAUCACCCUGAGACUUUCAACCAUGCUCUUCUACAUUUGCUAGACCAAUUCCCUGGCUUCGCUGACAUCUUUGACGAAGAGACCUUCUACUGGACAUUCUUGGUCUUUGUGCUGUCAACCUUCCUUCUAGCUUACUACCUCUCUCGCAACAUCACAAUCAAGAGUGUUGACUAGUACGGGAACACUUCAGAUUUUUGUUGCAUGAGCUCUUUUGCAAAUUGAACGUGAGAACGUAUUCAGGGAUUGAUUGCCGUCUGCCCUAUUAUAUUUUUGUGUAAAUUAUUAGGACAUUUCAAGAGAAACAUGUUGUAGACUGCUGUCUGCCCAUAAAUUAACAACUCAUUAGGACAUUUUCGAGGGACUGUGAACUAUUUGCCUUCUAUUUCAUUUGCUUUUGACGAGACAUCAUGGACAGCCUCUCGUGCAAGGGAGGAUGGAAGAGAAACUUCGACAGUUGACACAGUCGUGCUGGGAAUUCGAUACAGCUGUGCAAUAAAAGUGCUACAAAGUCAUAUUUUUUGAACAACUUAUGAACUGGAACUGUCUAUCUAAAAAUAACAACUGAGCCCUUUGCAGAGGACGAGAUGACCUGACAUUAGAUUGGUUAAUUACUUUUCUACUAGUACUGGCUAAAAUAACCAAAGUUGCUGGACUAUUGAGCAUGGGGAAGCAGACCAGUAAACUAGCAAAAACUAAUCUAGAUAACUUGGCAGAAACGACUCAUUUCAGUGAGAAAGAGAUCAGACAAUGGCAUGAAGGGUUUACCAGAGAUUGUCCAAAUGGAACCCUGAACAGACAGGAAUUCCUGGAGAUAUACAAGCAGUUCUUUCCAUUUGGGGAUGCCACCAAGUUUGCUUCAUACGUCUUUGAUGUCUUUGACGAAAAUGGGGAUGAGGAGAUUGAAUUUGAGGAAUUUAUUCAAGCUCUAUCUGUCACAUCCAGAGGGAACAUUGAUGAAAAGCUAAAUUGGGCUUUUCGUCUGUAUGACCUUGACGGCGAUGGCAAGAUCACGAGACGAGAGAUGCUCUGUAUCGUGGAGGCUAUCUAUCAGAUGGUGGGCAAUAUGGUCCAGCUUCCUGAAGAUGAGAAUACACCUGAGAAGAGGGUCGACAAGAUGUUUGCCCUCAUGGACAAGAAUCAUGACAGUCAGAUAUCUAAAGAGGAGUUUUUAGAUGGCUCCAGGAAAGAUCCAUCCAUCGUUCAAGCUCUAUCGCUCUACGACGGCCUUGUGUGAACCAACCAUCAUUCGUCACAAGAGGGCGUCUUACAUAGUGUGCUAACAUUCCUUGUUCAUCAAGAUCAGUGGAAAUCACAAGGUGCUAUCUUCCUAUUUCAAAAGCAUAAUCGUCACUUAAGGGUUGUGCUACUCGUCAAAAGUCACUGAAUGGUUUUAUACAGUGCCAUCCCACAUACAGAGGAAACUCAGGUUCUCAGUUCUUUUUCUUCAACAUAGUCUUUCAUUUACAUCAUCAUGAGAUAUAUUUUUUCUUCUGCAUUGGGAUACGUGAUAUGGUAUGAAUACAUGUAGUUCAUACAUAGAUGAGCAAAAACAAGCUUGAAAUUUCAAUGCCAUUGCCUAAAACCAAGUUGCAUAGAAAAAUGGGUCAAAAUUUGUGUAGGAUACGUUGGCCUUAUAUAAGGAAUGGAUGGCUCAUUACCAAACCUUUUGUAUCCAUUGUAAAGUUUAUUGAAGUAAUGAGAGCAGAUUCAGAUACACGUCUGAGUUUCUGCGUAGUCAUGUCUGGCAUGAUUCAGAAUGUAUUGUUUGUAGUCUGUCAUGCGAAGAAUUUUGGUUAAAACAUAUUUAAUGAUUGUGAAUGAUAUCUAUAUGUAAAGAUAGGUGUCCUUUUUGUGGAACCCACUAUAUACUGUAUUAUGACACAAGGUGGUGGCUAUGGAAUAACACUGGUCCAAGUUUUGGUAAAAUCUUCAACGCAGGAUCAUGUUUGAUAUUGAGUAGAAUGAGGUUCAACUUUUCUUUUUAACUGAAAAUUAUCAUGAUGACACAUGAUCUUGAAGGGUAUGCAACUGCAUUAUUGUGACUCUUAUCAUGCAGUUUCAAUUUUAGGUCCCAAGAUCAUAAAUAAGCCUUGCAAUUAGUUGCAAUGUAAAGAAAAAUAUUUGCUUGAAAUACAACUGAUAUUUCAAUUGUGAAUUUCAACUUGAGAAUGAUACUUGCAGUUCACUGCAAAUGAGUCACAAAUUUUUCAGGUAACAGAUAAUUUUGUGUGAUGAUAUAAAUUAUAGUAAGAUUCGUGGAAAUUAGUCAUAUCCUGACCUGAUAGUUUUUGCACUUUUAUAGUCUCAAAUUUUAAUCUUAUUUGGUGAUUUAAAAAAUACUACUAAUAGUAUAAACGCUAAUAACAAUAUGCAGCAUUUCUACAGCACUUAAUAAUACAAUUUCAUGCAAGUGCUGUAUUACCCUUGCUUUAGCAUGGCUACCCUGAUCAGGGGCCCGUUUCAUAAAGAGUUACAACUGUUGUAACUUUGCCAUUAUGACAACUACCAUGGUAACCUUGAUUUUGAUUGGCUGCUGAGCCCUGUUGCCAUGGUAGUUGCCAUAAUGGCCAAGUUACAACAGUUGUAACUCUUUAUGAAAUGGACCCCAGGUGUUUGAGCAUUCUUACCUGGCACCCAUGUGAUGCACCUGGUGACGAGUGGCAAAUGUAGAGAAACAUCUUGCCACAGGACGCGAGUGGUGCUAAUAGGAUUUGAACCCCAGACCUUGUCAUUCAAAGUCCAGAGACUGGUCCACGUAGCCACAGCCAUUAGAACAAAGAGUUUAAUGUCCCAUGGAGACAAACCGUGUAUAGAUAAUUCUUGCUCAAAAUUGACAUUCAUAUACAUGUACAUAAUAACUUAUUUUAUUGUAUAUCAAAGUAUUCACAAACUUGCACAAAUCAUAUCCAUACAUGUAUAUACACAAAUGCAUGUAGGUUAUUGAUAUUUAUUGUCGAAUUGUUUUUUGUCUGCAUUCCUUUUGCUUUUGCAAUAAUGAAUUGUAUUCUUAUGUACUUUCUAUUCCUCCCUCCUCUUCUCCUUGUGAUGGUUAUCAUUUGUCCUCAAACAAUCUACUGAUUGAAUAUUCUGAAGGAUACAUGUGAAGCAAGUGCCUUGGAAGUACUAUUAUGUCAGUCAGUACUUUUGUUUUCUUUACUGUUCAAUAGUAAUAUUAUUUACUGGUUAUUUAUGUAAUAGCUACAUCCACCCACUCCAAAAAUGCAGUCAAGGUGUUUCUAUAUUGCCUUUACUCAGCCUUUCUGCCAUUGUUUUGCUCUAUUUUAGACCAUCAGUUUUUGAUAAUUGUAUUCCCCCAAAAAUUCUUAUUAUGUCAAUGGCUAACUGUUUUCAUACAUGCCAUGAUAUUUGUAUGUCAUUUUGAUACUAUUAUAUGUUCAUUUUUAAUGCCAGAAAGUGUUAGUUAUGAAAAUCAAUUUUACCCCAUCAACAUUCCGACGGCCUUAAAAUUUUAUUGUAUUGAAGUGUUUUCUGCAGACCUGGGCCCCGUUUCAUCAAAAUUGGAUAUGAUAGCAACUCUUGCUGGAAUAUCAGCUUUCAUUGGAAGAGCCUAUCAAAAAGCAGACUUUUUGCUGUUGUCAUGGUAAUUGUCAUUCCAGCAAGUUUUGCUAUCAUAGCAACUUUUAAUGAAAUGGUCCCAGGCGAUUUCCCACAGGAGGGGUGCUGUAUCUCUAGAUGGACUUGGUUAUUUGACAAUAGGGGGUUUUCAUUCCAAAAGUUUAUGGAUAUUGUAUCCCUCAAUUGAUAGAUAAAUAAAUGGUAUUUAUUAAAAUUCUCCACAUAUUGCAGUUAACAAACUGAAUUGCAUCUAAAUUACAAAGCUAAAAAUAGAAGUAUACAUUUCAUUGAAAGGGUCAGGGCACCAUCACUUUUAAAAGGAUGAUGCUUCACAUAAAAAGGGGAAAUUCAAUGAACUGUUCUUGAGGGGGGGGGGGGGGUGCCCAUUGCACCCUGAUCCAUACGUCGUGCCCUAAUAGACACUUGUGACAUUUAUCUUCCUUUGAAGCAAGAUUGGUAUCUCCAUUGCUCUCUCAAACAAAUUCAUAGUUGGCCUGUUGCAUAAAAGUUACCAUAAUGUGGUACUUUGCCAUGCAAUGGUAACUUGCAUGGAAUCCUUGAUUUUAAUUGGCUGUUAAGUGUCGUUACCAUGGUAGUUACCAUUGGAUGGCAAAGUUACCGUAAUAGUAACUUUUAUGCAACAGGCCCCUUAUCUUGCCUUUUUAUUUAUUUCAAAUUUUACCAAUAUGUUGUCGACUUUUCUACAUGCAUUUGACUUUGUUUUACAGAUGAAUACAACCCAGAAUGAUUUAAGGGUCGUUUUGUAUUUUCCAAUUUAUCCAUAGAUGAAUUAUUAUUGCAUCUUGUAUUUUAUGUGUUUCAACUGAAAAUGUAGAUUUUGACAAAAUCACUUUUGAUAGUAGCACCCACAGUGGAUGGCUAAGGUUUAUAACAGUUUGAUCUUAAUAUUCUUUUUCUUUUCUCUCUUCUAUGAAUGUGAAUUCAUUAACCUCAUCUAUUGUUAUUAUGCAUAUUUAUGUGUAGUUUACAUUAGCAAAAUGACUUGUGUGUAAUAACAGUGUGAAAUUUGUGUGCAAUUUACUGUCUAUUGUUUAUCAAUAAAUGACAAAGUAUGACACUGA